CAGGCGGCGGCCCGAGUCGGUGCAAAAUGCUGGGCAUGUACGUGCCGGAUAGGUUUGCCCUGAAGUCGUCAAAAGUGCAGGACGGGAUGGGGCUCUACACGGCCCGCAGGGUCAAAAAGGGUGAAAAAUUUGGCCCCUUUGCAGGGGAGAAGCGAAUGCCGCAGGAACUGGAUGAGAACACAGACUGCAGGCUCAUGUGGGAAGUUCGUGGGAGUAAAGGUGAGGUCCUUUAUAUCCUGGAUGCAAGCAAUCCACGCCAUUCUAAUUGGCUGCGUUUUGUCCAUGAGGCUCCAUCACAGGAACAGAAGAACCUGGCAGCUAUCCAGGAAGGGGAAAAUAUUUUCUAUCUGGCUGUAGAAGAUAUUGAAACGGACACAGAACUUCUGAUUGGGUACUUGGACAGUGACAUGGAAGAAGAGGAGGAGGAGGAGGAAGAAGUAACUGUUAUCCAGGAAGAUGAAGACAGUGGCAACAAUAAAGAAGUGCAGCCAGCGGGUGAAAAAAUUGCAGAUCCCCUCACCUGUAAAGAGGAUCAUGCAUGCCCAAACUGUGAAUCUAGUUUUGCCAGCCAGGAGAUUCUAGCUGAACAUCUUCAGACUUUGCACCAAAAACCCAGUGAGGAAAAGGAAUUUAAGUGCCGAAACUGUGGAAAGAAAUUCCCUGUUAAACAAGCUCUACAAAGACAUUAUGAACAGCACAAGGAGGCAUGCAGAGGGGAUGCCAGAUUCAUAUGCAAGGCAGAUAGCUGCGGGAAGAGGUUCAAGAGUAAGGAUGCCCUGAAAAAACAUAAAGAGAAUGUUCACAGUGGAAAUUCUAGGAAGAAACUGAUGUGUUCAGUGUGCAAUAAGAAGUGUUCCUCAGCAACAAAUCUCCAAGAGCAUCGAAAGGUCCAUGAGAUCUUUGAGUGUCAGGAAUGUGACAAGAAAUUUAUUUCGGCUAACCAGCUAAAACGCCAUAUGAUAACUCAUUCAGAAAAACGCCCCUACACCUGCGAGGUUUGCAAUAAGUCCUUCAAACGACUUGAUCAAGUGACUGCACACAAAAUAAUACACAGUGAAGAUAAACCUUAUAAAUGCAAGCUUUGUGGAAAGGGAUUUGCCCACAGAAAUGUUUACAAGAAUCACAAGAAGACCCAUUCUGAAGAGAGACCAUUCCAGUGUGAGGAAUGCAAAGCUUUGUUCCGAACCCCAUUCUCUCUACAAAGACAUCUGUUAAUCCAUAACAGUGAAAGGACCUUCAAGUGUGAUCACUGUGAUGCUACUUUCAAAAGAAAGGACACAUUAAAUGUUCAUAUUCAAGUUGUACAUGAUGGACAUAAGAAAUACAAGUGUGAUCUCUGUGACAAAGCUUUUGUGACACCCUCAGUCCUGAAGAGUCAUAAAAAAACUCACACAGGAGAAAAAGAGAAGAUUUGCCCAUAUUGCGGACAGAAGUUUGCAAGCAAUGGAACACUGAGAGUUCAUAUUCGAAGCCAUACAGGUGAGCGUCCUUACCAGUGUCCUUACUGUGACAAAGCUUUCAGCAAGAAUGAUGGAUUGAAGAUGCAUAUUCGCACCCACACAAGGGAAAAGCCGUACCAAUGUUCAGAGUGUAACAAGGCUUUCAGUCAAAAGCGAGGCCUAGAUGAGCACAUGAGAACCCACACCGGAGAGAAGCCGUUUCAGUGUGAUGUUUGUGAUCUGUCCUUCAGCCUGAAGAAAAUGCUGAUCCGACACAAGCUGACUCACAACCCCAAUCGACCGAUGGCAGAAUGCCAGCUUUGCCACAAGAAGUUUACAAGAAAUGACUACCUCAAAGUGCACAUGGAAAAUGUCCAUGGUGAAACUGACAGCUAAUUACAGCGUGUGUGAGAAGAAUGGAUCUCACGUUCCAAAGUGCUCCAUUUGUACGUGUACAAACUCCAGACUUCUCACCUGACUAGUAAGCAUAGUCAGGAGAAACAACUGUAAUGUGUUCACAUGUUAUUUUUCCCCACUUUUUUUUUUAAUAUACUAGUAGGAUGAAAACCAAAGAAAGACAUUCACCUGAAGUAAAACAUAGCUUGGAAAUAAGAAGUUGAAGAUAAAAGAACUUUGGGAAAAUUUUAUCCUCAUUAAAAAAAAAAGAAAAGAAAAGCAAAAAAAAAGCUUUCAGCAAACUUCACCUUCUCAAUUGCAGCCUUAGAAACUUAGAUAUUGGUGGCGUUACCUGGAAAUCCUGGACAUUCGGAACUGAACCCUUGGCUGUCUGCAGCUCUGUUUCUGUAUCUAAGCUUUAAGACGCCAUUAAAAUUCUUUAAUUUGAAAGCACACAGAAUUUGUCAUUCUGAUUGACUGCUGAUUGCA